GCGCUGCAGCGGGUGAAGCGGCUGCCGGGGGAGUCUGAUUUCCAACGCCGUGUAUUAAUAACCCCCACCCGCCCCAUGCUAAGCCCAUGUGCAGCGCAGUGCAGGGGGCACCGGGCUCCGGGAGAGCAAGCUCCGGCGGUUGAGUCCGAGGCUGCGAUGUGUCAGCGCUGCAGAAAACUGCCUUAUUAGGAGAGAAAGGACCGGUGAAAAUCAGCGCUUUCCGUAAAGCCGCUGGGGCGAGCCGGGGGCCGCUGUGUGCCAGCCUGCACUCAUUCCUUCGGGGAUGACGAGACAUGAGCUCAGCCCGCGGGGCCGGGAGGGACCUGAUGGCAGAGCCAGAACCGCCUCCAGAACCGCUGCCAGAUGAAGCAGGAGAAGCCCCAGCCCCACACCACAGGGCUCCAUGCACCCCAACAGACCCAGCGCCAGGCCUGGGGGCUGCUCCUGCUCUGGGUGCCCAUGGGGAGCUGCAGGAAGGUGCUGGAGACACGGCCUUGAACCUCACCAUGCUGGGGGCACUGCUGGGCGAGGAGAUGGCUGGGACAGGGGCAUCGCUGGGGGUGGAUGGAGCAGAAAUCCCACUGGAUGCAGAAACAGAUGAACAGAUCCUUCUGGACGUGGAUGCUGGUGGGACAGGGAUCCCACUGGAUAUGGAUGGGGCAGGAAUCCCAUUGGAUGCGGAAGAUGAAGCAGGGAUCCCUCAGAAUCUGGAUGCCGGCGGAACAGGGGCGCUUCUGGAUGCCGACGGAGCAGGACUCCCCCUGGAUGUGGAAGCAGAAGGACUGGGGAUCCUGCUGGAUAUGGAUGCCGCCGUGGCAGGACUCCUGCUGGACAUGGAUGGGGCAGGAAUCCCACUGCACGUGGAUGGGGCUGAGAUCCCGUCGGCCAUGGACACCGACGGGGCAGGAAUCCCCCCAGACACAGCGGAGAUCGGGGUCCCACAGGACACAGACGCGGAGGGGGCGGGCACCCCACAAGCUGCAGAGGGCACAGAGCGGCCGUGCCUCAGCCUGGAGGAGCUGGGCGAGUAUUUCCAGGAGUGCAUCGAGGCGGUGGAGCAGCUGGAGAAGGAGCGCGAUGCUCUGAUCGAGGAGCUGACGCAGCUGCGCGAGCCGGCGCUGCAGGACAUCCGCCAUGCCCACCAGGAGAUCCAGGCCGCCUGCCGGCUGCUGGCCAAGGUGGAGCUGGAGCGGGACAACCUGAGGGACGAGAUCCGUCAGAUCAAGCAGAAGCUCUUCAAGGUGACCAAGGAGUGCGUGGCCUGCCAGUACCAGCUGGAGAGCCGCCGCCACGACCUCUCGCAGCACGCGGCGUAUCGGGACGAGCUGGAGAACCAGGCCGGGCGGCUGUCGGGAGAGCUGAGCCGCCUGCGGGAGAGCUGCGAGAAGGAGAAGGAGGCCCUGCGGCAGCGCCUGGAGGCCCCGCCGUGCCGCCAGGACCCGCAGUACCUGCAGGAGAGCCGGCGGCUGUCGGCCGAGUUCGAGAGUUUGGUGACGCGGAGCCGCCGCGGCCUGGAGGAGCACUACGAACCACAGCUGCUGCGGCUGCUGGAGAGGCGCGAGGCGGGGACGCGGGCGCUGCAGGAGCUGCAGGGAGAGGUGCAGGGCAUGAAGGAAGCCCUGCGGCCCCUGCAGGGGGAGGUGAGCCGGCUGCGGCUGCAGAACCGGAGUCUGGAGGAGCAGAUCGUGCUCGUCAAGCAGAAGCGCGAUGAGGAGGUCGGGCAGUACAGGGAGCAGGUGGAGGAGCUGGAGGACAGGCUGAAGGAGCUGAAGAACAGCGUCCAGCUCCAGCAGCGCAAGAACCAGGAGCUGGAGGAGCUGCGGAGCAGCCUGCACCACGAGCUGUCCAUCUACAAGGGCUGCUUAGAAAUCUACGGCCACCUUUGUAAAUCUGAAGAAAAACCAGACCAGGAAUGUUAGAGGUGAGAUCUCCUCCUCGCCAGGGGCGGUGCUGGAACCUGCAGGGUCGGCUCCUCGCUGCUCCUCUCGCUGCCCAAAGUCAGCAGCACCACUCUGCUCUGGAUCUUCUACUGAACUGCUUUUCCACACGAGAGCAGAGAAAGCGGUACUUGCACUGAACGACGGACACGGCUGAAGAAUCACACGUGUAUGUUUUGCUGUGUUUGGAAAAUGUACCUCGUCCUGUUCCAUAGAUAGAGCAUAUAAACCUGCACAGAAAGGAGCUGGGGGCUGAACGCUGAGCUUUACGUACAGCUUUCCUUGUGUGCCCAGUGGUGGCUGCUGUACCGCGAUCCGCUCUGCCGACAGCCACAGAAACUGAAGUCUGUGGAUAAAAGGUUUCCACUUUAUAGUCUCACACUGAAAAUAAAGGUCAGAGUUUAAGGGUC